AUGUGGACAAUUCGGCGGUGCAGACGAAGGCGUCUCAAGAAACAUGGAGGCGUAACAGAAUUCUGCCUGGAACUGGAAAGGCUGUCAAGAGAAGCCUAUCCAGAUGCAUCGGAAGAAGAACUGUCCCGUACAAGGGCAGGUGAACUGGUGAGCCAGCUAACCGACUGGCCAGAAUACCUCCAACUUUUUACGACAAUGGAGAUAGCUCCAAAGGAGCAGGCGUAUGACAUGGUGAAAGCCAUGGCACAAAGAUGUGAAAGGAGUAAGCAAGUAGCGGCUGCAAUGCGUAAUGCCAUGGAAGGUCAUGCUCGAAAGAGCCAGGACGGCAGAUUACGUAAAGUUGAUCGCAGUCAUGAUGCUCGGCAAGUCCAAAACACUGUGAACACAUUGGAAGGUGGAAGCAGUAAGCUCGAUGUCCGCGAUGCGACGGCUCAGCGGAGACCCGUCGGAAAGUGUUUCAACUGUAACAAGCAAGGACAUCUGAGAAAGGACUGCACGAUGCCGAAGAAGAACGCUACUGUUACUGAAAAGGUUACUAAAUCGGCUCAGCAAGCAGAGCCGGCGAGAAUUUUUACCGCGUCCUUGAGGAAAUGGAUAUGUGGAGCAGUAGAGGUCGACAACAAGCACUUCACGCAAAGCGUUGUUGGACACUGGGUCGCAAAUCAGCAUCAUACCACUGCAAGUACUCCAGGCAGCAUUGGAGUCCGGUUUGACUUGGAUGCCGACGUCGAAGAGAUUCCGUUGGACCAGCAAAAGCAGGUAUUCGAUGCUUCGGGCAACAGAAUGUCCUUCAAAGGAGCGAUCAGACUGACGCUGCAGAUGAGCGACGGACAGUCAAGAUCGGUACCUAUCCAAUGUACUGAUGUCGUAUGGGAAGGUGGAGAGAAGGCAGUUGAGGUGCCGGUAACAAACACCUUUGCAGGAGCAAAGAUCUUCCGACUAGGGGAGGAGGUGGGAAUCCUCGAACCCGCAAAAGUCGUUGAAGUCAAGCCUGUCACGUAUUCGGGAGACAUGUUGGGGCGCACAGUGGAAGCUCCUACAGACCGAGAAGACAGACUUUUGAAGUUGCUCCGCGACAACAGGACAAACGCAGAGAAUAGCGAAGAAGUUGAAAAUCUCGUCAAGAGCUACGCUCAAGUCUUUGCGAACCCUGGUCUUCGAAGUGACCUGCUCGUUCAAUUACUAUUAUCCAAAUUGGGUGAUCACCCUGACGCGAUGGCAAAAGCACCAGUAAGACACGUAAGAGGAGAGAACGCUAGCAAUCUCGUAGACGCAUCACGACAGAAAUUUGAAGUGAAUGACGACACGACCUCUGAAGGCAUACAUUGA